CUUGUUCGAUAAGUACAGGAGCUAUGCCAGAAAAAAGCGCAGCGCCUCGGUAGUUGGAAACUACAGUAAUAACCGAUGGGGAGGAGAGCUGUCCGUAUCCAGCGUACAUACUAAUUAAUGUUACUCUAGAAAAGGAAGCGAUUUGUUUUACUGUGCGAGGUAUUUGCCAGGCAACCAGCGGUACUCAAAACGUUAAAAAAAAUAACUGAAGCAAGAGGCAGGACUUAAACAAGAAGCUCAGGAGAGCGUAAGAAUGGUGCCCACCCUCCGGUGUCCUGCGCGAUCAGAGCUUGUAUCUGCCCCCUGUUUGGUGUACCCCCUGCACCGCUGAAUUGUGGAAGCUCUGCGUGCCGGACGCGUGGCUUCUUUUGUGUACAAUAGCUGCUCAUAAAUGCAUGAGCAAACAUUUCGGUUUAGCACAAAUGUAAUAAGAGCCCUCGGGGGAAAAAAGCUCGAGAGCUGUCCUACCUGUGCUUGAUUCUCCAAACUGCACACUGCAACUACCGCGACGACUACAAGAGGAUUAUCAAAACUACAGGCUACAGUUCACCCCUUUCCCCAUACUUCCCUGCAAUUUUUUCCUGCAGAUAAAACCUGCUGAUUGUAAACUUAUUUUUUAUUUUUACUUUCUCAGUACAAACUCGCUUUAGCGAAUAAGUCGGAGGGGAGACCGCGAGAAGGUUACGCUGAGCUCUGUAAAUCAUAGUGCUGCAGUGUUUUCCCGAAACAUGGAUGUAAGGUUUUAUCCCUCUUCUAAUGGGAAUUCUGUUCCUGGAGACCCAUCCAACCUGGAUUUUUCCCAUUGCUUGGGUUACUACAACUACAACAAGCAGUUUGGGUACAAUAACGGCUACAUGAACAUGGCAGAGGCGAACGGCGUGCUCCUAGCAGCUGGUGAUCAAACCUUCCACACGCCCAGCCUAGGCGAUGAGGAGUUUGAGAUCCCGCCCAUCACCCCCCCUCCUGAGACGGAGCCGGUCUUUGGUGCAUCCGAGGGGGACACGACCUUCCCAGGCACGCUGGACGCCCCCCACUUGCAGGGAGGGCAGUUCACCCCGCAGUUCCCCCCUCAGAGUUUGGAAUUGCCCUACAUCACCAUCUCCCGCAGCCUGAUGGAGCAGGAUGGAACAGUCCACAAUAACGUUCUUCCGGGGGUGAGUCCUGGGACGAUGUGGUGGCUGCCUCAAGUGUGUGUGGGUGCACGUUCUCAUGGGGAUAAGACUUUUUAAUGGUUAUACUUACGGUAGUUUAGAUUAAUGCAGGGGUGAGAUCCUGAUGUUUGUGGCAUUGUAUUAUGAAAAUAAACAGAACAUUAAGUUCAACCCAACUCAUAUUUUUUCUGGAUUUUUAUUGUGGUGUAGAUUGUCUUGU